UUUGUGCAUUGUGUUGCCAUGCAGGGUGACAAACCCUUUCCUCUUCCACCACCUGCCAGGCUGAUGGGGUUUGUGCUCUGUCCCCCCAGGUCCAAGGAGACCAUGACCACUGAUGAGGCCACCAAGAGUGAAGGGGAGGUGCAGGCAGCAGCUCUGGCUGAGCGUGGGGAGGACAUCACCCCAUCCAAGGACCGAGGGGUUCUGAAGAUCAUUAAGCGACCUGGGAGUGAGGAUGAGUGUCCCAUGAUUGGAGACAAGGUUUAUGUGCACUACAAAGGGAAAUUGGCCAACGGGAAGAAGUUUGACUCCAGCCGCGAUCGGAACGAGCCCUUCAUCUUCAGCCUGGGCAAGGGUCAGGUCAUCAAGGCAUGGGACAUUGGGGUGGCCACCAUGAAGAAGGGAGAGAUCUGCUACUUGCUCUGCAAACCUGAGUACGCCUACGGCUCUGCUGGCAGUGCCCCCAAAAUCCCCUCCAAUGCCACCCUCUUCUUUGAGGUCGAGCUGCUUGACUUCAAAGGCGAGGACUUGUUUGAGGAUGGAGGAAUAAUCCGGAGGAUCAAGAGGAAGGGGGAAGGUUACUCCAACCCCAAUGAAGGUGCUACCGUGGAGAUUCACCUGGAGGGAUUCUGUGGUGGCCACAGGUUCGACUGCAAGGACGUGAAAUUCGUGGUGGGCGAAGGGGAGGACCACGACAUCCCCAUCGGCAUUGACAAGGCCCUGGAGAAGAUGCAGAGGGGAGAGCACUGCAUCCUCUACCUCAGCCCACGGUAUGGCUUUGGCGAGGCUGGGAAGCCAAAAUUCGGCAUCCAGGGGAACGCGGAGCUGGUGUACGAGGUGACCCUGAGGAGCUUUGAGAAGGCCAAGGAGUCGUGGGAGAUGGACACCAAGGAGAAGCUGGAGCAGGCAGCCGUGGUCAAGGAGAAGGGCACGAUGUACUUCAAGGAAGGCAAGUACCUGCAGGCAGUGAUUCAGUAUGGGAAGAUUGUGUCCUGGCUGGAGAUGGAGUAUGGCUUGUCUGAAAAGGAGUCUAAAGCCUCGGACUCCUUCCUGCUGGCUGCCUUCCUCAACCUGGCCAUGUGCUACCUGAAGCUGCGCGAGUACGCCAAGGCUGUCGAGUGCUGUGACAAGGCUCUGGGGCUGGACCAGGACAAUGAGAAAGGCUUGUACAGGAGGGGUGAAGCCAGGUUAUUGAUGAACGAGUUCGAGCUGGCCAAAUGUGACUUUCAAAAAGUGCUGGAAGUGAACCCACAGAACAAAGCAGCGAAAUCGCAGAUCUCCGUGUGCCAGAAGAAAACCAAGGAGCACAACGAGAGGGACAGGAGGAUCUACGCCAACAUGUUCACAAAGUUUGCAGAGAGGGAUGCAAAGGAAGCAGCCAGCAAAACUGGUGUGGGAAAAGCAGCGGAGAAGGCGGCGUGCGGAAAAGGACCGAAAAUUGCUGGUGCUGGAGGUGAAGAGGCUGAAGGACACGUAUGAUGGAGGAGGAGGGGAUGGGAUAGCCUCCUGCCCUCGGCCCACACUGAAAAAGGUUGCUGCCAAACCUUGGGACUUGCCAGUGUCUCCUUGUAAAGCUUGUUACAGUUUGUGUGAUCGUGGAAGCCAAAAGCGCCUCGCAAAGAAAAACGACCCCGUCCCACCGCCCUGGGUGCUCUGGGGGCAGAGCAGGAGUGGCAGGACACCGUGGGACCACUGCACGUGGAACAAAUACCCUUUGAACAGCAGGAAAAA